AUGGGUUCCCGCUGUGCCAAGCUCAGCACCGGCCACGGCCCGGCCCAGAACACGGGUCACAGCCGUGGUCACGAGUCCUCCAUGAAGAAGCUCGUGGCCUGUGUGAGUCAAGACAACUUCUCCCUGUCAUCGGAGGGCGAGGAAGAGGAGGAAGAUGAGGAGGAAGAGGAGGAGGAUGAGGAGGAAGAGGAGGAGGAGCAGAUCCCGGUGAAAGGCAAGCUGCUGCUGCUGGAGUCCGAGAAGCAAGAGCGCGCCGAGGAUGGCGAGGCCCAGCCGAGCCCGGAGCCCAAGCAGACGCACUCCUGA